AGGAGACGGUCGGGUUGCAGUCUGUAGCUCUCUCUCCGGGACUGUCACGUGUGAGAGACAGCUGUGAGGGGCAUCCACAGAGAGACAUGCAGAGCAGCGUGUGACAGGGGCUCAGAAACACUAACUGCCCCAGAACAGGAGCCGAGGACCGGAGCUCUGCCCCGACUGCUGACACUCCAGGCGUGGACUACCUGCCACUCAGCCUGUGACUAGGACCAAGCCUGGGCCGGCAGACUGCGAGAGUGGGCUACCUGCCACUCAGCCUGGGCUAGUAAUCUCCAAGAGCGGACUACCGAGCACCAAGCCUGGACUACCUCACUGUGACGGGCUACAGAAUUCCGAACUCACACCCCUCAAGCCUCUGCCACAAGGAGAAUUUGCUGAAAUGGAGGGCGACAACCUGAGCUGCGUGAAAUACCUGAUGUUCAUCUUCAACUUCUUCAUAUUCCUCGGCGGAGGCUUUUUGCUUGGACUUGGGGUUUGGGUCAUUGUCGACCCUACCGGAUUCCGAGAGAUAAUUGCCACGAACCCCUUGCUUUUUAUGGGUGCCUAUCUGGUUCUGGCAAUGGGCGCCAUGCUCUUCCUGCUUGGAUUCCUGGGCUGCUGCGGUGCCAUCCGUGAAAAUAAGUGUCUGCUGCUGUUUUUCUUCAUGUUUAUUCUGAUCAUAUUCCUGGCUGAACUGUCGGCUGCCAUCCUGGCCUUCCUGUUCCGCGAGAACCUGACCAGAGACUUCUUCACCAAGGAAGUGAAGAGACAUUACCACGGCAGUAACAGCACAGAGGUCUUCUCGGCCACGUGGAACUCCGUGAUGACAACGUUUGAAUGCUGUGGGGUAAACGGGCCGGAAGAUUUCAAAGACGGUGUGCGAUUUAAGACGAAGCCCCACCGGCGCGUCCCGGAGGCCUGCUGCAGACGAGAACGCCUCGCUAGAGAUGGAGAAAUCCUUAACAAGGCCGAGUGUCUGGAGGGGAAGGAGAUGUUCCAGAACAGACAGGGCUGUUACUCUGUGAUACUGACCUCGCUGGAGCCCUAUGUAUAUAUCGCUGGGGCAUUAACCAUUGGUGUUUUGGCUGUUGAGCUCUGCGCGAUGGUGUUCGCCAUGUGUCUGUUCAGAGGAAUCCAGUAAUGAUUUCCAGAGAAGACGACGACGACCGUGCCAACCCCGCAGGGUAUUCGCGACCCACCGCCUCCGACGACCGAGCGACUACAAAACAGCAACCACACGUAAAACUUUG